GUCGUUGUGCCAUCUAGAACUCUAUAAAUUGGUGCAACUAUUGGUCACAACACCACACCAAGAGUGAUCAUUUCGCAGUUGCAACCUUGCAUUGCGCAUUGACAGAGAGAGAUGGCCAGAGAAAUGGAGAAGGCAAGGAAGGCCACUUCUUCCCCUAAGAGCUCAACGAUUAAUACUGGUCCCAAGAGCCCAGUUAGGAAUGGUGGAGGAUCUCCACCCCAUAAGAAGAAUGUUACUGAGCCACGAGGACGGAAAAAUGAACAGCAAAACAUUCGGAAAGUAGGUCAAGACCUGGUGUCCCAUGAUGAGGGAAAGCGCCGAUCUCCAACUUCACAAACCUCACCCAAGAGAUCACCAAGACACGAACAGCCCCUUAGCUACUGUAGGCUUCACACUGAGGAGAGAGCAAUAAGGCGAGCCGGUUACAAUUAUCAGGUUGCAAGCAAGAUAAACACACAGGAAAUCAUUCGGAGAUUUGAAGAGAAGUUAGAACAGUUGAUGGAGGAACGCGAGAUAAAGCUGAUGAGGAAGGAGAUGGUUCCAAAGGCCCAGCUCAUGCCAGCGUUCGACAAGCCAUUCCACCCACAAAGGUCUAGGAGGCCCCUGACCGUCCCAAAGGAGCCGAGCUUCCUAAAGCUGAAAUGCUGCAUCGGCGGAGAGUUCCAUCGCCACUUUUGCUACAACGGAGCAGCAGCCAAGGCCAUCAAGUCGUAGUAGUCCAUCUGCAUACACACCUGCAUCUGCAUGGGCCUACAACCACGAGAUGACGUAAUUUUUGCCGCUGCAUAAUGAACCUGCUACAAUACGUUCCAACCGACUCAUGCAUAUACAUAGAAGAAGUGGUUGCUGAUAGAUCGAUGUAAAUUUCCCCGGCCAGACCCUUUAACUUUUUCUCUCCUCUUUAUCUUUUGUUUUCCUUCCUCUUUUUUUUUUUCUUUCGCAUUCACGGAUCCAUUGAAAGGUAGGUAGGAAACCAUGCAAAAGGGGUCAUCCGGACACGAUGCAUGCGCCAUGUAUGUCUGUCUGUCUGAUGGCAGUAAUAAAAGGUUGCAUACAGACUGUAUAGAGAGAGUGCCAUGAUAUAGAUGAGCCUUGUUCUUGUUCUCUC